GUUAGUCAACGCCGGUUGGCUGCCGGCAAAAGAAGCUUCGAUCGUCUUCUAUUCUAUUCUAUUCUAUUCUCACCUCUCUCUCUCUCUUCCACUUUCCUCUUAUCUCUCCCUCCCCAUUCGAAUCCACGUCGGACCCGACCCGAAUCCCCUCGACGUGACAAUACAUGGACGGAAGCGGCGGUGGUGGCGGGAGCGGCGGAGGUCCGGCGCCGUUCCUGCUGAAGACGUACGACAUGGUAGACGACACGGCGACGGACGAGAUCGUGUCGUGGAGCUCCCACAAGAAGAGCUUCGUCGUCUGGAACCCUCCGGAAUUCGCUAGGCUUCUGCUUCCUACCUAUUUCAAGCACAACAACUUCUCUAGCUUCAUCCGUCAGCUCAAUACUUACGGAUUUCGAAAGAUUGAUCCUGAAAGAUGGGAAUUUGCUAAUGAAGAAUUCAUACAAGAUCAAAAGCAUCUUCUUAAGAAUAUUCAUCGCAGGAAGCCCAUUCACAGCCACAGUAAUCCUCAGGGUUCUAUGGUUGAUCAGGAAAGAGCAGCUCUUGAUGAUGAAAUAGAGAAGCUAUCAAAUGAAAAAACUGCACUUGAAGCAAAUAUUGCAAGAUUCCAGCAGCAGCGAUCUUCAGAAAAGCUUCAGUUGGAAGACCUGACUAAGCGGGUUAAUGGUAUGGAGCAGAGGCAGAAGAAUCUGCUGACAUUCUUAGACAAAGCUGUUCAGAAUCCUGCCUUUGUUGAACACCUAGCCGGAAAAAUUGAAUCUAUGGAUUUCUCAACAUAUAACAAGAAAAGGCGACUGCCUGAUUUGGAACACUCACAGCCAGUUGUGGACAAUAGUUUUGUGGAUAACCAAAGUAGUUCCAGACUUGAGUUUGGGACUAUAUUCCACCAAGACUUUUCAAGUAAGCUGAGAUUGGAAUUAUCUCCAGCUGUUUCAGACAUUAACCUUGUUUCACAUAGCACCCAAAGUUCCAGUGAAGAUGGGGAUAGUUCAACAAGGAAAAUAUCGGAAGAACUGAAAGGUGCACAGAUGAGACCAGAAUGCCUUUUAUUUGCAAAUGAACCACUAGAACUUUCAGAUACUGGAACAUCAUUCGCAUUCAAAAUGGAUUUGUUGUCGCGAAAAUCUCAAACUGUUGGAAGCCCUGGGCUUCAUUCCUUGCAGCCGGGUAUGCCUUCUAAUGAAGAUAGUGAUGGCCAGAUAGUCUGUCACUUAAAUCUUACAUUAUCAUCCUCUCCCUUGAAAGUUACCAGUAGCCCAUAUUCAGCUACAGUACCCCUAGUAAGUCCGGACAUCAGCAACUCCUCAUCCUCAGCUUGGAAUGCCAAUGACAAAGAAUCAGAAAGUAGAGCCCUUCCGCACAAUAACCUGGCUGAUGAAGACAAACCUAAAAAUUCCUCAAAAGAGGCCACAAAACACAGUAAAGGGCAUGCAUCCGUUCCAGUUAGAGUAAAUGACGUUUUCUGGGAACAGUUCUUAACUGAAAGACCUGGCUGCUCAGAGAAUGAAGAAGCGAGUUCUAAUUUUAGAGAAAAUCCGUAUGGUGAGCAAGAUGGAAUGUCCAGAAAUGCUAAAGGUGCAGAAACACUUACCCUUUGACAACCACGGGUAAGGUGAGCCAUUGGACCAGGUUCUAAGUAGGCUCUUUUCUUCUCUUUCUUCUCAUUCUAUGCGAAGUUCAUGUUUCUUAAGAUUUCUACAUUGAUGUGACUCUGUCAUUGGUUUGAAUAAGUUCUUGCCGAAAUGCCAUUAGUUCUUAGUUACCUUUGGCUACAGUUAGUGGUUUUGAUAUGACUACAUUAACAGUGGUAUUUGUGCCUACAUUUGUGCCUAACUACAUUAAUAGUUGGGUAAUUUUGGUUUCUUGGAAGACAUUAACCUGUUUGAUUUAUAUGUUGCUCAAGUUCUAGCAGCGGUAGUACAAUGGGCUCAUCUCAAAUGAAGGGUGUGUGCAUAGACACUAAAUCUAUGGCAUGUACAGUCUCUGAUUCCAUGCUAUUACUAAAACUGCUUCUGCUUCUGCUUCUCUCAAAUCU